GGCAUUUGGACAUGUGAAGUAUGAACCAAACUCCAAGUAAGAAAUCUAAAAUGAAGAGAAAGGGGAAUGAUUUCAGACCGAAUCCAUCGUUCAGUAAAGAAAGUGCUUCACCAAGAUCACCGUAUGUUGGUGACCCAAGGCUUGUGCCAAGGAUCCAACAGUACUUGGACAAUAGGCCAGAUAACCAAGUUAUCAAUGUUGUUACCAUGGCAGGUGAACUUCAGGAUAAAUAUCCAGCCUAUGCCAGGAAGAAAAGGAUAGCAUUUGUGAAGCAAGUUGAAAAGGCAUAUAACAUUAUAUGUGCGGAGGGUGAUUUAGAAGAUACCAUAGAAGAUAGCUCCUGUAGUUUAGAGGAAAAACACCUGGCUAAAAGGAGAAAACAAAUAGACGAAGGCCCAGAUAAUGAUGACAGUGACACAAGUGCAAGUUUCUCUGAUAACGCAGAGUAUGUCACAUAUAAGGAUACAAACUCAGUGAACAGCUUACUCACAAAUCUCUACAACAAAAAUACCCCAGGGUCAAGGCCAAGUACUCCAGGUUCAAAGCCAAAUUCAAGGCCAAGGUCGCCAGUCUCACAGCCUGAGUCAAGGUCACCAAUUUCAUUUCCAGGCCAGUCUGAAACCCUAAGAAAUAAAACUAAAUUGAAUGACAAAAUAAAGGGAGAAAAAUUAUCUAAUGGCAAAAGAAAGUCUUUUAUUGGACAGAAGAAUGUGGAAACCCCUGAAGCUAAAGAGGAGGAUGAUAUCAUUGAGAUGUGGACAAUAGAUAGAAAUGGUGACAUCCAAGAUCAAUCCACUUCUCAAAAGCCAACUCCAAAAGGCUUAAAAAAUCCAACAAAGCAACUCCCUGGUGGAUCUAAUAAUAAAAGUGACAAAGGCUCUAAAGCUGGUCUGAACACUAAAGCUGGACCUAGCUCUAAGACUGGGAGCAGUUCCAUUAUAACUACAGACUUAUUUAAUGUAACUAGCAGUCAAGUCCUAAGUAACACUCCCACAAUUUGUAGCACAAAUAUAGCUAACAUUUUGGAUGAGAAAGUUCUCGCCCAACAGUUGAUGCCCCAUAUUCAGUAUAUAACCCCAGAGACAGCUACUUUGAAAACUACUGAAUAUUUAAGGAAAAGCAUGAACUCUAGUCAAGAUCAACUCUUGAAAAAUCCCGAUAUUAGCAACAUUAUAGAUAUAGCUGACUCUGCACCAAGUACCCCUAAAUCAUCAGUUGACGAUGGUGUGGAUAUUUCAGCUGAAACACCUUUAAGGAAGAAUGAUAAGGAGGCUUAUGUGUCUUUAAAAACGCCAAAGUCUGUAAAGAAGAAAAAGAAAACUGGAGAACGGGAAAAAGAGACUGAAAAGAAAGGGGUCGCUGUCCAACAAUCGCAGGUGAAGUUUGCAGAUAUUGGAGGAAAUGAUUCAACUCUUAAGGAAAUCUGCAAACUACUGGUUCACAUGAAGCACCCAGAGGUCUAUAGACAGCUAGGAGUCACCCCACCUCGAGGAUUUCUGCUCCAUGGACCCCCAGGAUGUGGCAAGACCCUUCUUGCUCAUGCAGUUGCAGGGGAACUUGAAAUGCCAUUCUUGAAGUUGGCAUCCACUGAGAUUGUGUCUGGGGUGUCAGGAGAGUCAGAAGAGAAGAUUAGAGAUCUCUUUGAGAAGGCAAGGGCCAGUGCUCCUUGUGUUUUGUUCAUUGAUGAAAUUGAUGCUAUUACACAGAAAAGAGAAACAGCGUCUAAAGAUAUGGAGAGACGCAUUGUCUCACAGCUUCUCACUUGUAUGGAUGAUUUAAACAGUGCAGUGAAUGCUCCUGUGCUUGUGAUUGGUGCAACUAACAGAGCAGAUUCCCUGGAUCCAGCCUUGAGAAGAGCAGGCAGAUUUGACAGAGAGAUUUCUCUUGGAAUCCCCAAUGAAGCAGCAAGAAAAAGUAUACUCGAGGUGUUGUGCCGAGGCCUGAGACUUGCUGAUGAUGUUGACAAUGAACAACUAGCUCGUGAUACACCUGGAUUUGUGGGUGCAGACCUUCAGUCAUUAGCCAGGGAGGCUGCUAUGUCAGCUGUUAACAGGAUAUUUAAUGAAAUAGAAAAUAAGCAGAAGCGUCAAGCUUGUAAUAACAUUACCCUGGAUGAAACUCAAACAGAGUGUGACCUUAUAGUGAUAGACAAUGAUGUUAAUGCAAUAGAUGUGGACAGUACAGAUGUUGUUAUCGCAGAGGUGGAAAUUGAAGAUGUUGAUGACAUCACUGAGGUUUCUAAAAAAGAUGAGAUUUGUUCUCCUAAAGAAACAGUUAAUGACUGUAGAGCUACAAUUAGUAAUUGUAAAGAAACAGAAAGUAAUUGUAAAGAAACAGUUAGUAAUUGUAAAGAAACAGAAAGUAAUUGUAAAGAAACAGUUAGUGAUUGUAAAGAAAAGGAAAGUGAUUGUAAAGAAACAGAGAGGGAUUGUAAAGAAAAGGAAAGUGAUUGUAAAGAAAUAGAAAGCAUUUGUAAAGAAACUGUCAACAAUUGUAAAGAAACAGAAAGUGAUUGUAAAGAAACAGAAAGCAAUUGUAAAGAAACAGAAAGAAAUAGUAAGGAAAUUGGUAGUGACGGCCAAAACAUUCCAAAUGACACUAAAAAUUUAUCAGAACAAACUGAAACAAAUGUUUUAUCAGAUGAAACUUCACCACAAGAGUGCAAUGUUAGUGAAUUAAAAUUGGACUCUAAUAGUAUUAAUGAUAAUGGACAGUCAGCCAAAGGGGAUGAUAAAAAUAAUUCUGGGGAAGUGAAUAAAACUGAAGAUACAAAAGAAAACGGAAACUCCAAAAAUUGUACAUUGGCUGCUAAUUCUAGUCCUAAACAACAGUUGAAGGAUUGCAACAACCAAUCAGAUGGUGUAUCCCAUAAUGCAUCAAAUGGUAAUGAAAAUGAAAAACAAACUGAUGUUGAAAUCAUUAACAUUGAUGGUUCAAACUUAGACAACAGCAUUGAAGAAAUUAAAAUUAAAGGUGAAAAAACUAAUACAAAGUCUAUUGAAAAACAAUCUGAAAUAAUUGGAAAUGAGACUACAAGCAGAUCUGAAAUUAGUAUGGAAGUUGACGAUUCUGAUUCAAUUACCGCUGUUAAGAAAAUGGACCCAAUCAGCAGUCAAUCUAAGGAACCUGAGAGUGGAGAAAUAGAAAUAUUGCUUGAAACUAUUGAAGCUGAUGCUGAUGACAGUUCCAAGGAGUCUGAUGAAGAUGAUAUUGCUGAUGUCACAGAACCAACUGAAAAAGAACAACUUAAUUCAGUAUUGUCAUGGUUACGAGACUCACCUCCCCUCUCCGUGGAGCAACUGGAAAACUUAGCCAUAACAAAACAAGAUUUCAAGGAUGCACUCAAGGUUGUCCAACCGUCAGCUAAGAGAGAGGGCUUUGCCACUAUACCAGAUGUGACCUGGGAUGACAUUGGAGCAUUGAAGGAAGUCAGAGAAGAGCUACAAAUGGCUAUACUGGCACCUGUUAGACACCCCGAGCAGUUCAGAUCUCUAGGGUUGACCAACCCCCCUGGUAUACUUUUAGCAGGUCCCCCUGGCUGUGGCAAGACACUGCUGGCCAAGGCUAUUGCUAAUGAAUCUGGGAUCAACUUCAUCUCUGUGAAGGGUCCUGAGCUGUUAAACAUGUAUGUUGGUGAAAGUGAGAGAGCUGUUCGUCAAGUAUUCCAACGUGCCAGGAACUCAUGCCCUUGUGUCAUUUUCUUUGAUGAGUUAGAUGCCCUGUGCCCCAAGAGAUCUCACGGGGGAGAGGGAGGGUCAAGUGUUCGUGUUGUUAACCAGUUGCUAACUGAGAUGGAUGGGUUAGAGGAGCGCAAACAAGUUUACAUAAUGGCAGCCACCAAUCGACCAGACAUUAUAGACCCAGCUAUAAUGCGACCUGGUAGAUUAGACAAACUUUUGUUUGUGGGGAUGCCAACAGUAGAAGAUAGAAUAGACAUUCUCAAUGCUAUUACAAAGAAUGGAACCAAGCCAAAAUUCCAAAAUAAUGUGUGCUUAAAAGAGAUUGCUGGUCAUGAACAAUGUGGGCAUUACACAGGAGCAGACCUAGCUGCCUUGGUGAGAGAGGCUUCUGUAGUGGCCUUGAAGGAGUUCAUAGCAUCAGAGGCUGGUUUAACUAAAUCCCCUGUUAGAGUAGGGAAACAACACUUUGAAGUGGCGUUUCAUAAAGUGAAGCCAUCUGUCUCUCAAAAGGAUAAGGCAAUGUAUGAUCGACUCAAGAUGAGAUCUGCAACAGACUAGAGACCCAAUAUCCUCUUAAUAAGAUGUACAAGACAAAUUGUGUAGUGACCACUUGGAGAGACACAUUGGAAUAAAGGAUGAUGAAGGAAUUUACAGCAUUCCUUUAGGGUGCCUUAUAGGACCAAUGGACUUCAAGUCAUGCCCAGAUUACGAGUUACAGCCAUAUCUUUCCAUCAGGAUAAUGAACAAGACUGUCAGUCUCAAUCAGGAUGAAAUGGGCUAAUGGAGCAAAUAUUCGGAAAGAUUUUGAAGUCAGAAAUGAAAUCUCCUAUAGUUGUUAAUGGCCUGCUUCUCACAAAUAUAAAUAAUAUAUUUUCAAAACAAAAAAUUAAUGCCAACAUUUUCAUUUCUUUAAUUGGAAAAUUGGGAAAUUAUGUUAACAAUGACAUUCAGUCAAUGUUAGUAUUUAGAAUAUGUGAGUUAUGACUGACAUGUACAUUGCAAAUGGUGCUAGCUUUUUCUGAAAUGACUUGGAAUUUGACAAAAUGGAGGUGAUUUAUUAAUAAAGAUACUUGUAGAAAAAAGUAUUUUUGUGUCACCACCAGGAAGGACAUUGUGAAGUAUUGUUACAGCCACCAUUUUUGUGGCUGGCCAUUGGCAUCUGUGACAAUUGUCACUUUUGUAACCAUUUGAAAUAUCUUUCCAUGAAAAUUACAUUUUGAGAGGAUCAGGCUGAAUCUACAUUGAUGUAUGCAUCAGGAAAAAAGUUGUUUCAUCACCACCAGAAAUGGUGACAU